AUGGACACACUGAGCCGACCCGCUGAUCAGCCUCGGAAGAAGAUCCGAAAAGGGACCCGCAGUUGCUGGGAAUGUAAACAUCGGAAGGUUCGCUGCAUCUUCAACUCCGAAGGCGACACCAAAUGCAAAGAAUGUUUCAUUCGUGGGAUCUCCUGUCGAAGCCAGGAUCUGCCAGAACCCGAAAACCCUCGCGAGUCCGACCGAGUGGGUCUCAACGAACGGCUGACCCGCGUCGAAUCUCACCUGGAGUCCAUCUCGCCCAGGCUUGCCGAGAUCUUGCAACGUCUCGAGACUUUCGGGACCGAUGGUCGGCACUCUCAACUAACAGUCCGCCUGAAAAAUGAACGCGAAAGUCCACCGGCCCGUCAGGAGACUGCUCCUGUCCUGGAGCUUUUCAAGGAUGAGUCGCUAGGAUUUCAAAAAUCAGGCACCGAAAUCCCCAAGCGUACCACAUACAGCACGACCAGCCCAGACUGGCAAAACCUACGCGAGGAAUUGAUGGCUCUUUUCCCUUCCCCGGAAACCAUCGAAAGGAUCUCAGAGGGUAGUGCCGGUUGGUGGAUUGGGCGCUCAAUAGUAUUUCAAGACUCGGACACGUCCCUUUUACCAAUUCCGCUCGAGGUUCUCUGGGAGAGCCACCCGGCCGUCAUUGGCAAGGUCAUAUUAUGGAUUGCUUUGGCUCUCCAACAACUCCCGCUUGGCUAUGAUGCGAGCUCGCUCGAGCUCCCUGAACCACCGAAAGUCCUGGCUGAGAUCAUCAUAGCCACGGUGACGAAACGAGUCUGCUCAGAUGACUCGGUUGUGACCUGUAUCGAUGGAAUCGAAUGUUUGGUGGUACAGGCCACAAUUUUCGGCAACAGCGGGAAGCUUCGAAGUGCGUGGUUGUCACACCGACGGGCUAUAGAUAUUGCCCAGCUCAUCGGCAUCCACCAUGGUGUAACCAAUCAAGCUGCAACCGCCGCAUUUCGACGCCGAGCUACGUUUAUCUGGAGAUAUAUCCUCACCAUGGACAGACAAAUUUCUCUCAUACUCGGGGUGAAUGGAUCCGUGACCAACAUGACGAUAGACUCUCAUCAAUCGGACCCAACAGACUUAAAAGAGGAUCCGGCCAGAAACGGUACUGCGUUGUGGCCAAUGACCAGGAUCGCCGGUGCAAUCAUCGAGCGGAACCAAACUUUCACCAAAGUCACACCGGCCAUGGUUGAAAUGACAAUGAGUAUCGAUUCAGAAUUUGAAGGUCUCAAUAUGCCUGCGAUGAUUUCACCUAGCACACACGACGCAUAUGGAGAGGACAAAGAUCGUGAACGGGCUUUGAUCACCGUCUCGAAUCAGUAUUGGAUGGCUUGGUAUCAACUCAAAGCCUCGUUAUUUUUACCUCUUUUGCUCGAGUCAGGUGCAGGGAGCCUCUAUGCAAGUCAUCGAAGGACCUGCCUCGAUGCAUGUCGUAACCAGAUCACAUGCUAUCAAAACCUCCGAGUUCUCUGUGGCAAGGGAUACUACAAUCGAAUUGAGGAUUUCCAGGCUUUCACCGCCGCCAUGACCAUAAUAAUCAAUGCAGUUGGACCCUAUGGCUCGCAGGACUGCAGCCCAAGUGAUUGGGAACUCAUCUAUGGUGUCACGACGACCUUUGAGUUUCUAUCAAAGGAUACUCCUGCAGAUGAUGUUGCAAAUCAAUGUUGGCGUGUUCUCUCGACCCUCAUAGCGGUGGCUAUGGGAAAAGAUUUCCCCCAAUUUGCCAUCCCGAAUGAAGGCGAUAUUAAGAACGAGCAAGACCUGCCAAGUCGCAUUAAACUUGACCUUCCCUUUUUUGGUGCGGUGUUUCUGGAACGCCGCACUUGGGGAAGUAUAGCAGACCGGCCCAGAGGCCAAAAUGUGGAUCAAGUUUCACACAGCCCAUCAGCCAACACCCCUUCGUGGAUGGGUACUACCUUGAACUCGGAGGGAGCACCUAGCUUGGAUGCAGACACGAUGCAGCCGCUGACUCCCUCUUUUGAUUCAACGAGCGGCUAUUGGGCAGUGGACACUAAGUUUACCUUCGAGGCUCCGUUCCUCGCGGACUUUGAAAUUAAUUGGAGUUCUUGUGAUUUUGGUUUAAGUUGA